AAUGUCCAUAUUCAAUUCAUCUAAUCAGCGCGAUAGAAUAUAUUCCCCAUACUAGGGCUAGGAGCUAUUAAACAGCUCAUAGCCAUAUGGCGAGCUGUCAAAGUGGAACCGACCAAUAGGAAUUGACGAUACAUGAUUCCGGGAGCCAAUCAGCGUUCGCCGUCUUCCCGGGUCGUACCUGGCUAGCUCGCCCUGGCUGAGUCUCUGCAGAAUAUCAGUAAAAGCAGGACAAUUUCAUUGAAGAUGUGCCUCCAGGGUUUUCAUGCCGAGUCCAGCUCAAACACUGCUUCCUGUUUCAUCUAGCGGCAGGUAACGUUUACAAUUAUGGAGGUUUAAAAAGGUAAUGUGUUUUGGGGGGAAGGGGUCUUUCCCCUCAAACUGGAUGGACUGUUCGAUGGACUUUUCUGGUGGUGUCAGAAUUUGUUGCCUUUUGCACACUAAGCUAAACUAGAGAACUAUUACAAAGAAAGUAUUUUUGCAAAACUGAGAAUAUAUGUUUGUAAAAUUUUGUACAGAAAAGAAAUAGCCAAAUAUUUAUCAGUUAAUGAUGCCACUGAUGCUUCUUCCAGCACUGUGUUGUGUGGGUCACAUUGUUGAUAUGGUGGACUGAGGCAAGGUUGACAUUCACCCUGGGGUUGCUAGGGUGCGGUGGAAACCCAACACUUGCACAAUUCUAGCACCCCAAAGUUUGGACAGAGCACUUUUUUUGGUGUUUGUUUUGUGCUUGCAAGUGUGUGACAAGUUUAGUUUUGUAAUCAGGUUUUCAGUGCAGUUUCAUUCAGGACUUUUGGCAUAACUGAUUGUUAUUGGGCCUUAAUAGCAGGUAAGACUGUGGUAGAAUAGAGGAGAUUUUUCUUCAGUGGGGGAAAAGAGUGCAGUAAGGUGUUGUGGGACAGGGAGUAAGAUGAGUCUGGUAACCCCAGAAUGCACACCAAAAUGCCAUUCGCCACGUCAUGCGGAGGUGAUUGUGGCUGCUCUGACGGGUGGCUCAGAAGGACAGCUAAAGACCUUCAUGUCAGCUUACUGCCAUAAUGCUGCCACUCUGAAGGAUGAGUUUGGCCGCACAGCACUCCACCUCGCUGCUUCACUGGGAAAACGAGCCUUGCUCGAGUGGCUUCUGGACAGCAAGAGUGCUGACCUGUUGUUGAAGGACAAGGAGUCGGGCUGGACGGCUCUGCACCGCAGUGCUUUCUAUGGGCAAAUUCACUGUCUCAUGGCCCUCGUCAAGCGUGGCGGUUCACUCUCUAUUCCGGAUAAGGAGGGACUCUCUGUUCUGGACCUAACUAUGAAGGACCGCCCAGCUCACGUUGUGUUUCAGAGCAGUGAUCCCACUGAAGUGUACACCUGGGGUAACAAUACCAACUUCAGCCUUGGACAUGGAAACCAGGAGAGUAGACACAAUCCUGAGAUUGUGGAUCUGUUUGCCAGAACUGGGGUUUAUAUUAAGCAGGUGGUUGUGUGCAAGUUCCACUCUGUCUUUCUUUCUCAGAAGGGUAAAGUUUACACUUGUGGUCAUGGACAGGGAGGACGUCUUGGACAUGGAGAUGAACAGACAUAUUUGGUUCCCCGUAUAGUGGAGGGGCUGGUCUCCCAUCACUGCUCACAGGUCGCUGCAGCCAGAGAUCACACAGUGGUUCUGACUGAGGAGGGUUAUGUUUACACUUUUGGUCUCAACACAUACCACCAGCUGGGCGUGACGCCUCCUGCUUCCAGCCAAGUGCCCAAACAGGUGACGUCUAAGUGUUUGAAAGGGAAGAAUGUGGUUGGUGUUGCUGCUGGAAGGUUCCACACUGUUCUGUGGACGAGAGAUGCAGUCUACACUGUGGGACUGAACGGAGGACAGCUGGGCUAUCUGCUGGACCCAAAUGGAGAGAAGUGUGUGACUGUCCCCCGGCAAGUGUCUGCUCUACACCACAAGGAUGUCACCAUCGCCAUGGCUGCAGCCAGUAAUGGGGCUACUGUGUGUUUGACAGAGAAAGGGGAUAUCUAUUUGCUCGCUGACUACCAGUGCAAGAAGUUGGCCUCCAAGCAGCUGAACAUCAAGAAGGUUCUUGUAACUGGAGGCACUUUGGACCAUCGGGUAGAUCCGCACCUCCUAAACGAGAGUGGGGGAGAGAAGAUCUCCAUCUUGGCCCUGGAUGAGAUUGGCAGGGUGUUCUGCUGGCGCUCUGUGGGCACUUCGUUGAGACAGUGUAGGUGGGCCUAUGGGCGACAGGUCUUCAUGUCCGACAUCGCCAUUGGCAAGAGCAAAAUGAUGUUCAUCACGCAGGAUGGAGAGGGCUUUAGUGGCCAGUGGCUUGGUGAAUACAAAAAGGGUAUGGAUAAAAAAGAGGUGUGCAGUCAUUCCGAGAGUGGAAGUGUGUACGAGCGCAUUCGACUGGAAAGGCUACCCUACAUCCAUCGAGCUGUCAGCAUUACCAUGGACUCUAAGGGCCGUAACUUUGGGGUGCUCCAGUCUGAUCCCAAAACCAGCAUGUAUGAAGUGCCCACUGUUUCAGCCUCCUUGUUCACCCAGCACUUCCAGCAGCUCCUGGCUGAAGCCGAUGAGACAGACAGCAUUCAUGAUGUGACCCUUCAGGCCGGUGAUCGUGUCUUUCCAGCUCACAAGUACAUCCUGUCUAUGCGUUCUGAAUUUUUCCGCAAGCAGCUCCUGCCAGAGGCCGGCCAGGGAGACGAGGUGGAUGGGGAGGUGAGGAGAAGUGUGGACGCUGUGGGCUGUGACCUUCUGGUGCUGGAAAAGAUCUCGCCUGAUAUACUAGAGCAGGUACUGCACUUCAUCUAUACAGACUCGUGUGAGAUGCUGGUACACGGAGCAAGGCCAACAAUCUCACGCCUCAGCCAUGGCCCCGAGCAGGAGCAGCAGCAGCUAAUCUGCAGUCUGGAGGAGCUGAACGUCAGUGGACGCUCUGCUCUGGAGAUCUACCGAUCCCUGCCUGCCUCAGUUCCCUGCCAGGGAGAAAAGCCAAAGAGCAAAAGUGCCAAAUCUGGGAAGAAGGACAAGAGCGGCAAUGCUAAUGACCCUAGCCACAAUCCUGUAAAGAUGCUGCAAGGAGUGGCCAAGAAACUGGGCUUGGGUAGUCUAUCUGCAAGGCUUGAUGGAGUAAAGUAUGAAAAUGGGCAAAUCAGUGUGGUGCAAAAAAAGACUGGCAAUAGACCAAGAUUCUACUUAAAGAAAUGCCCCUACCUCUGUGAUGUCACCUUGAGGUCUGAGGAUGGGAAGGAGUUCCCUUGUCACAAAUGCAUUCUGUGUGCCCGACUAGAGUAUUUUAACAGUAUGUUGGGAAAUCCCUGGAUUGAGUCUACUAGCUGUACUGCACUGGAGAUGCCGACUAGUGCCAAGGUCUUGCAGGUCAUUCUGGAGUACAUCUAUACAGAUGAGUCUCCCACUAUCAGAGAGUCUCUGAGUGUGGAGUUUGCGUGCAGUGUCCUGGUGGUGGCUGAUCAGCUGCUCAUCACUCGGUUGAAGGAGAUAUGUGAAGUGGCAAUCACUGAAAACUUGACUCUGAAGAAUGCUGCAGAGCUGCUGGAGUUUGCCGUGAUGUACAGUGCUGAGCAGCUUAAACUCUCCUGUCUGCAGUUUAUUGGUCUCAACAUGGCUGCCUUGCUGGAGUCCAAGGCCCUGGAGAUCUUGAGUGAUGACGUGUUACUGGAGCUGUCUGAAGCAUAUAGGAAAAUGGUUCCAGCAAUGCAGAGACGACAUAUCACUCCCUAUCUCAGUGCCCCUGAUCUGAGUGCCUAUGAAGACAUGAGCCUGGAUUCAAGCACCAGCUUUGAACAGGAGCAGUCCUGCAAUGAUAGUCUGUUGAAGAAACCCAAGGUAAAGGCUAAGAAGAAACCACGUCGCCGCUUGGAUAGCUCAGGGGGGUACAACCUCUCUGAUAUCAUCCAGAGUUCACCCACUGAUGUCAUUCAUAGCCCACCCUCUGUAGGUUUAGUAGACUCCCGGAAAGCUUGUUCAGUGGAAUCUCUGCAUGAGCUGAUCACAUCUGAUUCUGAGGGCAGUUAUGUUGGAGUGGGCAGCCCUCGAGACCUUCAGUCACCAGUCUUUCAGGACAGACCUUAUGUACAAGAGGAAAAGUCGGGCCAUGUUGGCUGGAAGACUCCUCCCAGCACGCCAACCUGGAGGAAGGGAUCUUUGCCUAUUAAAUGCUCCACACCUGAACCCAUCCCCACAGUUAAGGCAAGUCCGUCUCGCCCGGCACCUGUUCUGGAUCUCAGGGCCAUUAUGGAGAUGGAGGCCAACUCUCUGAACCUUGGAGCCACUCCGAAAAGCCCUGGCUCGUCUGGAAACAGCAGUAAACCUUCAGUUAUCCCCACUAAACUGUCUCAGAAGCAGAGGAAGAUGAUAGCCAUGGCUACCAGAGAGGCCAGUGUUGAUGGAGCAUCUGCCAAAUCUCCCCCUGGAGUCACUUCAGUUAAGCCUGCAAAGGGCUGGGCAACAGCGGUGCAGACUUCUCCUUCAUCACUGUCUUUUCGCGAUUUGUUAAUGGAGGAGGAGCAGCGUGAUAAAUCAUCAGCAACUGCUGCCAUGGCUGCCGGGAGUCCAGCGAGUACUGUUGGCACGGCCACUUGUGCCAAAAGAGUGACCUUUAAGUGUGCCCAGCCUGGCAAUGCUGGCAAACCUGCAGGGCCAUGGGUGCUUGGACAGGUAAGCAGCCCACCGGCUGCUAUUGCAGUCACUUUUGCAUCCAUCGUUGAAGAGGAGAAGCAGCAGGAAGCUGCACUCAUCCGCAGUCGAGAGAAGCCACUGGCAUUGAUACAGAUUGAGGAGCGAGCAAUUCAGGACUUGCUGGUUCACUACAGAGCUUUCAACAACCCUGAUGAGCUCAUCACAGUGGAGAGAUCCCCCCAAGGCCCUAUCGCUGCUCCUACCUGGAACAAACAUUCAAAUUAGCACACCUACAACUAUCUCUUAAUUGUCGGCUAUAUACCUUUGUGUGUUCCAGUCAAUGUUAAAGUAUACCUCGGCUGUGUAACUGGAUCCAUAGGGUAUUUUUUUUUUUUAUUAUUAUUUCCUCCUUCUUUUGCUUUCAUGUUAGGGAUUUUUCAAGGCUUCAUAUUUUUGCUGUUAUUUAGUGAAUCUUAAAAGGGGUUUACAGUGAAGAAGGACUGAAAAUCAUAAUAGUCACGGCCAUGGAAAUUUGGAUUGUGAAGUUCGAGAAAGAAAAAUUACACCCCCAUAUAGUCCCCUCCGUAUGUCGCAGUUUACUAUUUGGUUAGUAGAAAUGAGGUGUUUUUUUUGUUGUUGUUUUCUUGCUUAUGACUUACAGCAGUUAGCAGAAAUGGACACUGCACUUGAAAUCCAAGGUUGUUACAGACAGAGUAAAUGUUAACUGAAGCCUUUCUAGAGUCUUUGUCUUUGGGGUUUUUUUGCAGUGAUCAUUAUGGGGAAGUUUAUUCUUGAAGUGGCAUGCAAGAAAUAAAGAAUUCAUGCACCAAUA